AUGGCGUUUGGCACUGCGCUUUGCGAACACUGUUCGCUGAUCGACUUUGAAUACCUCCGUCAUCCUACUGCAGCCGAGAUCGAGUCUCUUAACACUGGUCAAAGGCCUACUGAAGACCGAUUCCCGCUAAAAUUUGGCCGACCCAUCGAUGGCGACCCCAGUUGGACUUUGGGUCGCACGAGCCGGAUGAACGCUUCAGCGGCCACCUUAGAAGAUGAGCUCAAAAAGCUAGCCGAUGCUGGCUUGAUGGAUCCCUUGUGCUAUGCCACAUGUGACAUUGCUGGGGCUUUGCAACCUCGAAAAGGCACUACAUGGGAGUGGGCCCAGCACGGGGAGACAAAUCCGGAGUUCAUCAUGAGACAAUUGGCAAUUUAUUUCAUACCUUUCGACAAGAACAGCUCAAACGGAUUGAAGCCUGUAUGUGUCGGUUUCAAAGAGGCGUCUUGGAAGGGAAUGUUUCACUGCUUCCAGACAUAUGAUGCGGAAAGACCACAGGGUUCAUCCAACGUGCAGAACUUCUUCGAAAAGACUAUCGAUCCAGGCGAUAUCUUAUUCACAGGAAGAAAGCGACCUUCCAAAUUGGAUAGAACCACAAGUCAUCGUGUGGUUCUGUUCAAGACGACCCUUGAGACAAACGGUCCCGGGCUCGGCGCACCGCAAGUUCAACCAGUUCGCGGGUUCAUGCCUGUCUUUCGUCUCAUAGAUGUCAAUACGAUGGCGAUUGUGGAACACAAAGACGUGCACCUCAGAGACAUAGACUACAUGAAUCUGAGCUAUGUGUGGGGUACAACGCCUCAGGAAGUGACAUGA